AUUACAGUUGGGGAAAGUCUACUCGAUUCGAUUCAAUUCAAUUCUCUGUAUCAUCUGGAACUUGAUCUGGAUGCAGAUUUCACCUUUUACUCGAGUUUUCUGUAAAAAAUUUUUUCAUCUCUGGUAAAAAUGGUGGAUAUUUAGUGAGCUUAAUUUAUUAGGGUUUAAUGGGACUUUACAGUUCAUUGUUGGAGAAAAAAAAAGGGAUCUUCUUUUUUAAGUUUGCUGUUUUACAUGUUACUUAGUGAUGUGCACGCCUGUUGGGGCAACUAAUCAUCAUUCCCUCCACCUCGCUUUCUCUCUCACUCCUCUUUCUUAGGUUUUCUCUCUCUUACAUCACAAGAUUCUCUGUAAAUGGAUUAUUCCUUUUGGUAUUUCCAUCUGUUCUAGAAAGCCCCUCUUUAUUUUUUAUUUUCGUUUUUUUUUUCAUUAUUUGGGGGCAAAAAUCUCAACUCUUUGCUGCUUCUUUGUCGAAUAAGGUUGGAUUAAGUUACUAGAUUGGAUCUGCUUAGUUCUGUUUCGAGUUGCAAAUUGAAGAGUUCUUUUCCAGGUCCCGUUUGGCUCGGCAUAAGAUACAAAGAAAUCAUGUCUGUUUCAAUGAGAGAUUUGGAUCCGGCAUUCCAAGGGGCAGGGCAGAAGGCUGGCCUUGAGAUAUGGCGAAUCGAAAAUUUCCAACCUGUCCCAGUGCCAAAAUCGUCGCAUGGAAAAUUCUUCACUGGAGAUUCCUACAUUAUAUUGAAGACCACUGCGUUGAAAAGCGGUGUCCUGCAUCAUGACAUCCAUUAUUGGCUGGGUAAAGAAACGAGCCAGGAUGAAGCUGGCACAGCAGCCAUCAAAACUGUUGAAUUAGAUGCAGCGCUGGGAGGGCGUGCUGUUCAAUUCCGUGAAGUCCAAGGCCAUGAAACAGAGAAGUUUCUCUCUUAUUUUAAGCCAUGUAUAAUACCUCGACCGGGCGGAGUAGCCUCUGGCUUCAAGCACGUUGAGGCUGAAGAGCACCCGACUCGUAUGUAUGUAUGUAAAGGAAAACAUGUUGUCAACGUGAAAGAGGUACCAUUUGCUCGAUCUUCACUCAAUCAUGAUGACAUCUUUAUUCUCGAUACAAAGUCGAAGAUUUUUCAAUUCAACGGCUCCAAUUCCUCCAUUCAAGAAAGGGCUAAAGCCUUGGAAGUUGUACAGUACAUUAAAGAUACUUACCAUGACGGAAAAUGUGAAAUAGCAGCUAUUGAAGAUGGAAAAUUGAUGGCUGAUGCCGAGACCGGAGAAUUUUGGGGUUUCUUUGGUGGCUUUGCUCCACUUCCAAGAAAAUCGACUGUUGAUGAACCCCGGAGCACCAUUGUUGCUUCUUCCAAGCUUUUCUGUGUUGAGAAGGGAGAAGUGGUGCCCGUUGAGGCUGGUUCUUUGACGAGGGAUUUAUUAGACACACAAAAGUGCUAUAUCCUUGAUUGUGGAAGGGAAGUCUUUGUUUGGAUGGGCAGAAGUACUUCUCUCGAUGAAAGAAAAGCUGCAAGUGGCGCUGUUGAUGAAUUCCUACGCGGACUUGAUAGGUCCACGGCUCAGGUAAUCAGAGUGAUCGAGGGCUUUGAGACAGUGACAUUUCAGUCGAAGUUUGAAUCCUGGCCUCAGUCGACUAACGUAGCUGUGUCUGAGGACAGUAGAGGGAAAGUUGCUUCACUCUUAAAGCGCCAAGGAUUCAACGUGAAGGGCCUUUUAAAAGCUGAAUCGCCCAAGGAAGAACCUCAACCGUAUAUAGAUUGCACAGGAGAUUUGCAGGUGUGGCGUGUAGACGGUCGCGAGAAGUCUCUUCUUCCUACUUCCGAUCAAUCCAAGUUUCACGGCGGAGAUUGCUAUAUUUUCCAAUAUUCUUUUCCGGGUGAAGACAAGGAAGAACAUCUUAUCGGGACAUGGUUUGGGCAGCAAAGUGUUGAGGAAGAUAGGGUAGCGGCAACAUCACAGGCAAGCAAGAUGGUCGAGUCGAUGAAGUUCACAGCCACUCAGGCUCGUGUCUGUGAGGGAAACGAACCAAUCCAAUUCUUCGCCAUUUUCCAAAGCUUCAUUGUCUUUAAGGGUGGUCUUAGCGAGGGCUACAAAAGUUACAUAGCUGAAAAAGGACUCCCGGACAAUACAUAUACAGAGGAUGGACUUGCUCUAUUUCGAAUUCAAGGAAGCGGACCCGAGAAUAUGCAAGCUAUUCAAGUCGAACCCGUUGCUUCGUCGCUGAAUUCCUCCUACUGUUACAUACUACACAGCGGAUCAUCUGUCUUUACCUGGUCGGGAAAUCUCACGACUGCGGAAGACCAAGAGCUCGUCGAGAGGCAGCUUGAUCUUAUAAAGCCGAACUUGCAGUCAAAACUGCAGAAGGAGGGUGCGGAAUCUGACCAGUUUUGGGAUUUAUUAGGCGGGAAAUCGGAGUACCCGAGCCAGAAAAUUACGAGGGCGCCUGAAAGCGAUCCGCAUCUUUUCUCCUGCACUUUAUCGAACGGUGAUCUUAAGGUUGUGGAAGUGCAUAAUUUCGACCAGGAUGAUCUAAUGACGGAAGAUAUAUUCAUUCUCGACGUGCACUCGGAUAUCUUCGUGUGGGUCGGGCAACAGGUCGAAUCUAAGAAUAAGAUGAAUGCUUUAAACAUUGGAGAGAAAUUUAUUGAGCGCGAUUUUCUACACGAAAAGCUUUCGCGAGAAACGCCAUUGUAUGUGAUAAUGGAAGAUAGCGAACCGCCAUUUUUCACUCGAUUUUUCUCGUGGGACUCGGCGAAAUCUGCAAUGCACGGUAAUUCUUUCCAACGAAAGUUGUCUAUCGUUAAGGGUGGAGGCACUCCGGCAUCGAUUAAACCGAAGAGGCGAACGCCUGUCGCAUACAGCGGAAGGUCGGCGGCGCCGGAAAAAUCGCAACGUUCUAGAAGCAUGUCUUUUAGCCCCGAGCGAGUCCGUGUGCGAGGCAGAUCUCCGGCGUUCAAUGCUCUUGCAGCUAACUUUGAGAAUCCCAAUUCGCGGAACUUAUCGACUCCUCCUCCGGUCGUCAGAAAAGUUUAUCCGAAAUCCGGAACCCUGGAUUCCGGAAAAGCGACUUCAAGAUCUUCCGCAAUAGCUGCGAUAAGCUCGGGUUUCGAACAGUCUGCAGCACCUGCUCGACCGGUACUCAUACCGCGCUCCAUCAAAGGCACAGAGUCGCCGAAAUCGAAGCCGGAGACGCCGUCGAGACAAAACUCGGCGGUAGAAGAGCUUAAGCCGAAGCCGGAGACCAUACAAGAAGACGUGAAGGAGAACGAAGUCGCCGACGACGAGGAAGGACUUGCGACACACCCGUACGAGCGGCUCAAAACGACGUCAGCCGAUCCUGUCAAAGAUAUUGACGUGACGAAGCGCGAGACUUACCUCUCCUCGGCCGAGUUCAAGGAGAAGUUCGGGAUGACGAAGACGACGUUCUACAAGCUUCCGAAAUGGAGACAAAACAAGCUCAAGAUGUCGCUUCAGCUAUUCUAAGUAUGCUAAAAACACACACAUAAGAUACAUAUAUACAUAUAUACAUAUAUAUAUAUUUAUCGAAGAAUUGGUUGAUGAGCGAGCGAUAGAUGGGGAAGGAUGACGGGGUUUCGAUUACGGCUAAGUAGCAUUGCGCCAUUGGUGCAUUUUAAGCUGCGGGUGCUGCUUCUCCGACGCUUUCUUUUGCGAAGAACCGUCGAAAGGGCAUGGACUUUUCUUCAUUUUCCUUUGUUUGUUUUAGUUUGGAUUUCGAUUCUGAUUUCGGUUUUGGUUUUUGGAGUGUAUGAAAUUUUUUGAUGGGAUUUUUUUUUUUUUUUUUUUUGGGAGAUUUGGUUUUGUGUGGUUUUUGCCUUUUGGUGUGUGAUUUUGAGAAAUUGUGAGUGAGAAUUGAGAAGGGACAAACAUACAUAUAUAUAUAUAUAUAUAUAUGUGUGCGUGUAACAUUUGAAGAGUUGGUUUUUGUUUAGGCAAUUUUUUAUGUGUUGUUGUGUUGUGUGUACAGAAAUGACAAUAAAAUGUGUGUUUUGAUUAUUUCGUUAAUCAGAUUUUGUGUUUGCAUGUAUGUAUGUAUGUGCUCUUUUGAUC